AUGGCUACUAUCACUGUUGUGAAAGCUAGACAGAUCUUCGACAGUCGUGGAAACCCCACCGUCGAGGUCGAUGUUCAUACAUCCACCGGAGUUAAGGUCACAGCUGCCGUUCCUAGUGGAGCUUCCACUGGAAUCUAUGAGGCUCUUGAGCUGAGGGAUGGAGGAUCUGACUACCUUGGAAAAGGUGCUGUUGGAAAUGUUAACUCAAUCAUUGGCCCAGCUUUGAUUGGAAAGGACCCAACUCAGCAGACUGCUAUUGACAACUUCAUGGUUCACGAACUUGAUGGGACCCAAAAUGAAUGGGGCUGGUGCAAGCAAAAGCUUGGAGCCAAUGCUAUUCUUGCUGUGUCUCUUGCUGUUUGCAAAGCUGGAGCUGUUGUCAGUGGAAUUCCUCUCUACAAGCAUAUUGCCAAUCUUGCUGGUAACCCGAAGUUGGUGCUACCAGUUCCUGCCUUCAAUGUCAUCAACGGUGGAUCCCAUGCAGGAAACAAGCUUGCAAUGCAGGAGUUCAUGAUUCUCCCUGUUGGAGCUUCAUCUUUCAAGGAAGCCAUGAAAAUGGGUGUGGAAGUGUACCACAACUUGAAGUCUGUGAUUAAGAAGAAGUACGGUCAGGAUGCAACAAACGUUGGUGAUGAAGGUGGCUUUGCACCAAACAUUCAGGAGAACAAGGAAGGUCUUGAACUCCUGAAGACUGCCAUCGAGAAGGCCGGAUACACUGGAAAGGUUGUCAUUGGAAUGGAUGUCGCUGCAUCCGAGUUCUACUCAUCAGACAAGACCUACGACUUGAACUUUAAAGAAGAGAACAAUGACGGUUCUCAGAAGAUCUCUGGAGAUGCUCUUAAGGACCUGUACAAGUCAUUCGUUGCUGAGUACCCAAUUGUAUCCAUUGAAGACCCAUUUGACCAAGACGACUGGGAGCACUACGCUAAAAUGACCGGUGAGGUGGGCGAGAAAGUUCAGAUUGUCGGUGAUGAUCUGUUGGUCACCAACCCCAAGAGAGUGGCGAAGGCAAUCGAAGAGAAGUCUUGCAAUGCUCUUCUUUUAAAGGUUAACCAAAUCGGAUCUGUAACUGAAAGUAUCGAGGCGGUUAAGAUGUCAAAGAGAGCUGGUUGGGGAGUGAUGGCCAGCCACCGUAGUGGAGAGACCGAGGACACCUUCAUUGCUGACUUAUCUGUUGGUUUGUCAACCGGGCAAAUCAAGACCGGAGCUCCUUGCAGAUCAGAGCGUCUUGCCAAAUACAAUCAGCUAUUGAGAAUUGAGGAAGAGCUUGGAGCAGAAGCAGUGUAUGCAGGAGCCAACUUCCGCACACCAGUCGAGCCAUACUAG